ACUUUCUUUUCACUCAUCAAUUCUUUCCUAAUCCAUAACUUGCACUUUUCAUCAUCCAUCCAUCCAUGGCGCUAUCUACUCAAGUCUCCGCCAUCGAUCUCAUCAGACAUCAUCUCCUAGGCGACCUCUCUCCUGUUCAGACCUCUUUCUCUAAUUCAACCUCCUCCUCUGAAUCUGCAGAUUCAAUUACUAUCUCCGAUUACCUCCAACCGCAAGAGUUCGAGUUCCUGCCUAUUCCAUCCCAGACUUUCCAGCAGCAGAAUGAAACUGAUAAUUUCUUCGAAUUUGAAUCUGGACUUAAGAUUAUCGAUCUCGAUUCCACGAAUUCGACGAAACAGGAGACUACAAGUCGUGGAUCGAGUUUCAGCAAUCGGAAGCCGAUGUUGAAGGUCGAUCUACCGGCGAAGAAGAAAUUGGAGCGGACUGAACCGAUCACUAAACCAGCGGCCGUGGAAGCAAAAUCAGAAAUCGAAGAAGAUAGAAGGCACUAUAGAGGAGUCCGUCGCAGACCGUGGGGAAAAUACGCUGCUGAGAUCAGAGAUCCAAAACGUAAAGGAUCUAGAGUUUGGCUCGGAACUUUCGAUACUGCUGCUGAAGCGGCAAAAGCAUAUGAUCGCUCUGCAUUCGCCAUGCGAGGGAGCAAAGCAAUACUCAAUUUUCCUCUGGAAGCUGGAAAAUCCGACAAUGAGCCGCCGCCGUCUUCGUCUAAUACAUCGUCGGCUGCCGGAGUAACGCCGGCGGAGGAUGAAGGUAGAAAGAGGGGGAGAGCGGUUAUUGAAGAAGAAGAACAUGAAAAAGAGGUGAAGAGAGAAAAGUUAGAUGAGGAAUGUAACCGAAACUUGAAAAACAAGACGGAGUUUCCACUAACGCCGUCAAGUUGGAGAGAUAUUUGGGAUCAGAAUAACAGCAGCGCCGGUAUCUUCAACCUGCCGCCGUUAUCUCCCUUAACCCCGCACCCUUUCUUUGGUUAUUCACCGUUAAUCCUUCUAUAAGUGUACUUUUACUACUGGAUUUUAUCCUUUAAAAUAAUAAUUGUAUUUAUAAAGUUA